AUGAGUAGACUUAAGUUUGUACUAUUUGCGCAUCGAUUAUUAUCUCCCAUGUACAUUGUUGAUCGUACCCUUCAAAUUCCAGCUCAUUUAUUUGUAAAUAAGAUUAAUGUUUUCUCGACACAAAUAAAACGAUUUGCCGGUCAUGCUCACUGGCAAAAUGUGAAACAUAUCAAAGAAGCUGGUGAUCGUGAAAAAGCUCAAACUGCACUAUAUUACAUUAAGGCUGCACAGAAAGCAGUUAGAGAAGUUGAAUUAAGUUCUAGUGAAGAUCAGAAUUAUCAUUUUCAUUGUGAAGUACAUGAAAUUGAAAAUUUACGUCAAUCCCUUGAAACUAUACAUCAUAUUCCAGUUAUUAAUACACAAGAUAUAUAUUGUCCUAAAAUAUUUGUUCCUAUUCAUCAUGAUGUACGUCAAACAUUAGAUGAAAUGUAUGAUAAAAUAAAAACUUCACUUGAAUAUGUUGAUAGAAUAUUUGAUAAUGUAAUUAUUAAUAAAUAAAUCAAUAUUUAUGUAUCUAUGUGAAGAAAAAAAAAUCAAUCGAACUCUAUAAAUGAACAUUGUUUAUACGAAAAAAAGAAAAGAGAGAGAGGGAGAGGAAGAAUACUUUAUUAUAUAACAUUUUUU